GAUGUCAUAAUUUAUAAAACCAGUACCAGUUGCUUCAUCACCACCUAAAUAAAGAAAUACUAUAUCUCCAAAUACUUAAUCUAAAAGUCCAUAUUACAAUGAGUUACAAUAAGGUUUGAUUUGUUAGAAUUUUAGGAUCUACUUUAUAGAAAUCUUAAUAAAGUUUAAGGAACUCCCAUUAUAUUAGUAAGUUUGAAAAGAGUAUUGAUAUGGAUAUGAAACAAAGCAAUACAUUUAUAAAUCCAGAAUUUGAGAUUAAGAAAUUAAUGAAUUUAGUUGAAUUACAAUAACAUGAAAUCAAUAAUUGGAAACGUAGAUAUGAAUAAGCAGAAACUAGAGUAUUAUUUAAUUAUUUAAUAUAGUGUAUUACAUCUAAUUAGACAUAAACAAUGUUAGAAUAUGAGAAACAUUUAGAUUAAUUGACAAAAGAAUUAAAAAAUUCUAUAUAAUAAAAUGAUGAAUAUAGUAGUAAAUUGAGAGAAAAGGAUACACAAUUAAUUCGUUUAAAUAAAUAAAUAGAUAUUUAGAAACAAUAAUUGAAUGAUUAUUCAUAAGAAUUAAAGUAUCUUUAAAAUGAAAAAGUGAAUAUGGACAAGGAUGCUUCUAUGCAAUUAUAUCAUAAAGAUUAAAAAUAUAAUUAAAAUUUAUAAGAUAUAUAAUAAACACAUUUAGAAUAAUUAUAAUUAAUGGAUGAUUAAAUUUAGAAAUUAUAAGAUGAAUUAAUAAGAAGAAAUCAAACCAAUGAAUUUUAGAAAUAAGAAAUUAUAUAAUUGGAUAAAAUAAUAAAUGAUAUUAAAACAGGAGAAAAGAAUAUAAUUUAAUAAUUAGAAUCUCUAAAAGUAAAGUAUUAAGAUCUUUAAGAGGAAAAGAAAAGAGAAGUCAAUAAAUUAAUAUAAUAAAAUGAAUAAUAAAUUAAAUCAUAAGAAAAAGAAUUUCUAGAUGAAAAGGAUUGUUUAGUUGAUAGAAUUAAUUAAUUAUAAUAUGAGAAUAAUAUAUUGAAUCAAUAAAUAUAAGAAUAAUAAAGUAAAUAAUUAAUAAUAUAAUAAUAGAUUUAAUAUAAGGAUUAUAAGAUGAAAUACAAUCACAAGUGGAAUAGAAUUGUAAUUUACAAGAGUAGAAUUAGUUGAGUACUUAAGAUUUAGAUUAAAAAUAUAGAAAAUCAAUUUCAGAUAUGAAAAUGGAAUAUUAAUAAUAGAUUAAUAAAUUAUUGUAAGAGAUAUAAAAAUUAAAUUAAUAAUUGGAUUAAACUUAAAAUCAAUUAUAAUAAAAUUAGUAAUUGAAUUAAGAAUUAUAAAUUGCAAUAGAAAAUUUGAAUUAACAUUAAUAAACUACAACAUCUUAAUUAAAUUAAGUUUAAAAUGAUUAUGAUUCAUUGUAAUUAUAAUAUGAAAAUGAUAUAUAAGAGUAAAAUUAAGAUAUUGAAUAAUUAAAUGAAUAAGUAAAUUAAUUGUCUGAAUUAUUGGAAUAGAGAUCAAAUGAAUUUGAUGAAUGUAGAUAAUAAAAGGGAUAAUUAGCAUUAAGAAAUAAUGAGAAUAAUGUAAUUCUAAAUUUAAUAGUUAGUUAUUAAUAUAAAGAUUAUAAGUGGAUUUAGAAUGUUAAAAAUAAAAAUUGAUUGAGAUAUAGAAAUAAUAAGAUGUAUCUGAAUAAGUAAAGGAAGAAAUUAAGAGAUCUCAGAUUGAAUAGAUUAAAAGAUAAAUGGAAUCUUAGGUUGAAAUAUUAGAAAGUGAGAAUAGAACUUUGAGAUAUUAGAUAGAGAUGAAGAAUAGAGAAUGUGAGGAAUGGAAACAAUAGUAUACUAGAAAUUAAUGA